CCUCUCUCCCGUUGCCUUCCGGGCCCAGAUUCCCACCGGCCCCCCCCUCGCCACCCCCGGCAGCCCCUCGGGGGCCGGUACCUCUCUCGGGUCUCUCUCUCGGGUUCUCCGGUUCCCCGCGCGCAAGAUGGCUGACCCGGCUGCGGGGCCGCCGCCGAGCGAGGGCGAGGAGAGCACGGUGCGCUUCGCCCGCAAAGGUGCCCUCCGGCAAAAGAACGUGCACGAGGUGAAGAACCACAAAUUCACCGCCCGCUUCUUCAAGCAGCCCACCUUCUGCAGCCACUGCACCGACUUCAUCUGGGGCUUCGGAAAGCAGGGAUUCCAGUGUCAAGUCUGCUGCUUUGUGGUACACAAGCGGUGCCAUGAGUUUGUCACCUUCUCCUGCCCGGGCGCUGACAAGGGCCCCGCCUCUGAUGACCCCCGGAGCAAACAUAAGUUUAAAAUCCACACCUACUCCAGCCCGACGUUCUGUGACCACUGCGGGUCGCUGCUGUACGGACUCAUCCAUCAGGGGAUGAAGUGUGACACCUGCAUGAUGAACGUGCACAAGCGCUGCGUGAUGAACGUUCCCAGCUUGUGCGGCACGGACCACACCGAGCGCCGCGGCCGCAUCUACAUCCAGGCGCACAUCGACAGGGAAGUCCUCAUCGUGGUCGUUAGAGAUGCUAAAAACCUUGUCCCUAUGGACCCCAAUGGCUUGUCCGACCCCUAUGUAAAACUGAAACUCAUCCCUGAUCCCAAAAGCGAGAGCAAGCAGAAGACCAAAACCAUCAAAUGCUCCCUCAAUCCCGAGUGGAAUGAGACCUUCCGAUUUCAGCUAAAAGAAUCGGACAAAGACAGGAGGCUGUCAGUGGAGAUCUGGGACUGGGACCUGACUAGCAGGAAUGACUUCAUGGGGUCGUUGUCAUUUGGGAUUUCUGAACUGCAGAAAGCUGGUGUGGAUGGCUGGUUCAAGUUGCUGAGCCAGGAGGAGGGAGAGUACUUCAAUGUGCCUGUACCACCGGAAGGAAGCGAGGGGAAUGAGGAGCUGAGGCAGAAAUUUGAGAGGGCCAAGGUAGGCCAAGGAAACAAGACUCCCGAAGAAAAGACCACCAACACCAUCUCCAAGUUUGACAACAACGGUAACAGGGACCGGAUGAAACUGACCGACUUCAACUUCCUGAUGGUGCUGGGGAAAGGCAGCUUUGGCAAGGUGAUGCUCUCUGAGAGGAAGGGCACGGAUGAGCUGUACGCAGUGAAGAUCCUGAAGAAGGAUGUGGUGAUCCAAGAUGACGACGUGGAAUGCACGAUGGUGGAGAAGCGCGUGCUGGCCCUGCCCGGCAAGCCGCCCUUCCUGACCCAGCUCCACUCCUGCUUCCAGACUAUGGACCGCCUGUACUUUGUGAUGGAGUACGUGAACGGGGGCGACCUCAUGUACCACAUCCAACAAGUCGGCCGGUUCAAGGAACCCCAUGCUGUAUUCUACGCUGCAGAAAUUGCCAUUGGUCUGUUCUUCUUACAGAGCAAAGGGAUCAUUUACCGUGACCUAAAACUUGACAACGUCAUGCUGGAUUCCGAGGGCCACAUCAAGAUUGCCGACUUCGGCAUGUGUAAAGAGAAUAUCUGGGAGGGGGUGACCACCAAGACCUUCUGCGGUACUCCAGACUACAUUGCCCCAGAGAUCAUUGCUUAUCAGCCCUAUGGGAAGUCGGUGGAUUGGUGGGCUUUCGGCGUCCUGCUGUAUGAGAUGCUGGCUGGACAGGCACCUUUUGAAGGGGAGGAUGAAGACGAGCUGUUCCAGUCCAUCAUGGAGCACAAUGUGGCUUACCCCAAGUCCAUGUCCAAGGAAGCAGUGGCCAUCUGCAAAGGGCUGAUGACCAAGCACCCAGGCAAACGUCUGGGCUGUGGCCCAGAGGGAGAACGAGACAUCAAAGACCACGCUUUCUUCCGGUACAUCGAUUGGGAGAAACUGGAACGCAAAGAGAUUCAGCCUCCGUAUAAACCAAAAGCUUGUGGGCGAAAUGCUGAAAACUUCGACCGGUUUUUCACCCGCCAUCCACCCGUCCUAACACCUCCUGACCAGGAAGUCAUCAGGAAUAUUGACCAAUCAGAAUUCGAAGGAUUUUCCUUUGUUAACUCUGAAUUUUUAAAACCUGAAGUCAAGAGCUAAGUAGAUGUAUAGACCUCCGUCCUUCAUUUCCUGUCAUGCAAGCUCAACUGGCUAUUGUGGUGACCUUUAUUUUGUUUCUGUUUGUUCGUUUUAUUUCGUUUUGUUGGUUUCAUUACCAGAUCACAUCCAUAUUUUGUUUUCUGAUGAGACCAGAGUGACCAAUGUUUCAGAACCCAAAUGUCUUUCAGGUAGUUUGGAGCAUCUCUACGAGAUGGAAUUAUGCAAAUGGCCAGUAGAAAAUGUCAGCUGCAUAAUCGAGGACCACCCUCCUCUCCACCCCCCAGCAUGUCAGCUCUGCGGACCCAGUGGGAAGAGGAAAAUGCUUGCUUUCCCUCCCUCAUGUCUGCACUGCCCCCCUCACCCCUACCAUCCCAUCCAGAUCCAUCCUUACAAGAUAAGAGCGAUGAAUCGGAUGCUUUCAGUACCCUUCUGCUUCUAAGCUUGGAGUUUGGGCUGGGUCCAAAUCUAUGGUUCUUUGCCCUGAAGGGAAUUCCUCCACACUGUCUGUUCUGGAGCUUUGAAAAGAACAUGCUAAAAAUAUUUUUUUCCCCUUCUUUUUCAACUCGAACUGACAAAGCUUAUCUAAGUCCUUCGAAAAAAUUCAAGAGGGUGCUUUCUGGACAGUUCUAAAUUAAAAGCGCUAUCAUGGGUCAGAGGAAAAAAAAACAGCUUGGGCAUACAUUCCAUGCUAUUAUUCCUGAUAAUUUAUGACCCCGAUCUCCUUGUCCCUAAACUACAGGGAAAGGGCAUUUGGUACUCUUCCUCUGAAGCAAACUGGUCACUCUAGCAAGGUCCUAACGGGCUAUUGUUUUACAUUUACUCAUUUCAAACUUUAUUUGCUUUGGGAUUAUUCUUUUUGUUGUUGUUCAAAUGCCACAAAAAAAAAAAAGUUACUCGGUUUGUUACACAUGCUUAAAAAAAUCAAUGUCCAAAUGUUAUUAACCACAGUAAACUGCUUUGAUUCCCUCUCCCCUUCCCCCCACCCCCAAGAAGAUGGCCGUAGGGGCCAGCACACUCAGGCUGCAGGAAAGGGGACUUUCUCUAGGUCUCAUGCUGGCUUUGCAGAGCUCAUUAAAUCCUUCCAAGACUGACAGAAUCUCUUGAAGCAAAGGCAAUCAUGUUUCUUCACUUUGAUGUUGUUUUUGAAGAUGUUUGUAGAAAUGUUUAUUUGUAUUUGGAUAUCUAUCAUGUGCCCUUUUUCUUCUAGCAUCAAGAUACAAUAAUAAUAAUAAUAAUAUAACAGACAAAAAGAAGAAAUAUUAUUUCAAGGAAAACUACUGUGGAUCCAAACUACAAAGUAGGGCCUGAAGAAGGAACUCAGGAGAAAGAAAAGAAAUUCAGAACUUAAAUGGAAUCCUGCUUUGCAGCCAGUUAGAGAACACUUGCUAGGACCCAUGUAGGGACUCUUGGUGACUUGAAAUGGGUGGAAUAGGUGCCCUGGCCAGAGCUCAAAGCCUAUAGUUCUGUGAGAUUCAACUUUAGAGGCCUUAGAGGUUCCUAGCUGGGGCUCUCACUCUUCUCAUCAAAAUCACCACUCCCCCGGCAGCUUGGAUGAAAUAUUCUUUUUAGCAAGAAGCUCUGUGAUUGCCCAGAAGCCCAAGGAAAUCCCUUAGGGUGGAAGAGAAUUAACUCAUUUCCAUCUGAGUGGAUGGGGAGGGGGGUGGGGGGGAACUACCACUCCCUGCUAUUUGCAAGAGGCCCUAGAGGGAAUUCUUACCACAGGUCAAGAGAUUUCCAGAAGCUUCUGGUUUCUGAGAAAUCAGCAAGGGACCUUUCAGAACGUUACCACGUCCUUGAUCGGGAUGCUUCUCCUCCAGAAGAGAGACCACCGUGGGUUUCUGCUUAGACUGAAUGGCUCACGGUUCAUUCUUCUCUACCCUCUGCUGUCACCUCGCUUUGGGCUUGGGGGCUGUCACUCCCGCUGCCUUUGUGUUAGUAAUCUGGACCUAAUGUGAACGGAACCUGAAGUCCCAGCAGACAAGCCUUAGUCAGAGAAGGAAGGAAAUGAGGGCAAGCCACUCCCACGGUAGGGGAAGGGGUGGGGUGUUGCAGGCAUCUGGAGAAAGGAAAGAACCUACCCAAGAUGGCGAGCUGGGAUCAAAGCUCAGGUGUCCUGACCUCAGGUGGCAGGGCUGUGUCACCACACAUGUAUCUUUGAAUCACGUUCACCAUUAGGCAAGUCAUUUGAGGCCUUUCAACAGGCCUUGGAUACAUGCUCAGGAUCAACAUUGGGUCAAGAUGAUCUGAAACAAAGUUAGAAAACAACGGAGAGUGGAAGGAUGGAUGGAUUGAUGGAUAGGUAGAUGAUGAUUAUGAAGAUAGAUAGAUAGAUAGAUAAAAUAUAUUAUACUCUACACUUCACAGAUUCUUGCCAUUAUUGUUCAAGUCUCAGAGUAUGCAGAAGUAGAUAUUGAAACCACAGUCUAUGUUCCUCUACCAUCCCUCCUGAGAGCUGGUCAGGGAAGCCUACUAUGGAAAGAAGGAAGGAAGGAAUCCUGGAUUAGACUAUCCACGGUUCCAUUUUUCUAUCACCAUUCCAGGGCAGAGGAAACUAGGAAGCAGAAUUUCCAGCAAGUAAUCUCUGGGGAAAUCCUUUGCAAAGGAUAAAUUUGUAGGAAGGCAAAAAAAAUUUAUUUUUGCAAUCAUCCACUCAUUCUCUCCCCUCCUUUCAUUCAACUAGCAUUUUUUAAGCACCAACCAGGUGCCAGGCUAGGAGGCAAGGGUGAAGUGGGAGAUAAUAAGACUGCAAUCCAGCCUCUGCCUGUCUCCCCUCGCAAAGCCUGUUGGGAUGGCACUCCCUCAACCAGUGCUUCCGUGCGUGAAGGGUUCUAGACAUAUCUGGUCUUCCCAGCUAGUCGGGAAUAGCUUCUUAGAAGGAUAAACACAAAAACAAAACAAAACCCUGUCAAAAGACUUUGAGGCUCUUGGAGGAGGUAUAGCAAUAUCCCGCUUGACCUGGAUUUCAAGGAUGGUCAUAUACGUGAUGGACAGGGAAGAAGAAAAGCUAGCCUUGGAAAUAGGUGGAUCAGUCCCUUCUAGAAGCCCAAAGACAUCCACCUCCAUGCUUGAACAGACCAUAGAAUCCCCAAGAUCUCAGCCAGAGGUCACCCAGAUUGCCUCUAUAUGAAGAAGGGAAACUGGCCUUACAGCUGGGGUCUGAGUCUUGAGUCUCACUCUGUGCAGUUAUCACUGUCGCUCAAGAGUUCUGCAGGCAGCAGAACCCCAGCGGGGCCUUUAGGGGAGACAUCACCCCCCUUCCAAAGUGAUGCCCUUUUCCUGCUUCCCUCCUCCAGCUGGACACAGCCUGCUUCUUCUACUCCAUCUAAGCUAGGCUGAAAUGUUCCAAAAGAAUUUAAAUUAGGAGUGAAGUGGGAAAAAAAAGACAACAAUGAAAUAAGAAAUUGAGACAGAAAUAAGAUAAGAAAAUGCAAAGAAAUCUCAACAAAGGCCUUGUUGGCUAUGGCUAACUGUCUGCCAAGAAAUGGUCCAAGAAUACUUCUUUUGCCUUCUUAUUGACCCUGCCAUCUGUUACCAAAGGCCAGGACCAUCUUCACAGAGGACAAACAGGAGACCAGUGGUGUCCAGAAUCUUCCUUGGGCAAAUGCUGCUGUGCUCACUGGCUUUCCCGAAUACCGACCCCAAAGACAUUAUCACAGUAGACAGGACCAUUCUCUCUCAAGGUGUAGGGUGAAAUUCAGUGACAUUUCUCCAGAUCUUCUCAUAGGACAGGGUCUACAGAGAUAAAUCCUAUUGAGGCCGUGUGGGGCUGCCUGACACCCAAGCCAUUGCCACCAGUGAGAAGGACUCUGAAAUCCCACAACUUCUGCAGCAAGCCUUCAGGUAGAGAUGACAGGUGGGACCAGUGAUACCAGAGACCACCUAAAUGGUUCUUGGUCCCAGACAUAACCCUGGGGCACCCGCACCUUCAAAACGCCUCAUACAGUGCAUUCACACUGGGGUUCUAACUAGACAAUGAUCAGUGGAGAGACCCUUAAGACUGAUAGUAAAACAUUCCAUUAUUUUAAUGCAGAGUAAGGUCCCUGGCUUGGGGACAAAGCUAAGACCCAAGCUGUAAAAUCAGUUCCCUCUCUCCAUAUUGAUUGAUUGACUCAUUGAUUGAUUGAUUCAUUCAUUCAUUCAUUCAUUCAUUCAACAAGGAGUUACAAUCUGCUCUGUGCCAGGUUCUAUUCUCGGCACUAGAAAAACAACGGUUAAGAAAUGGACAGGGACUCUGCUCUCCUGGAGAGAAACAAUUCAUAAAGCAGUAGGUGCAAUGUAGCGCCACGUGCCUGAUGGUUUGCGGUUGUCAUUCCAGUAACUCAGGAAACUGAGAUCAGAGGAUCAAAAUUCAAAGUCAGCCCAGGCAGAAAAACCCCUGAGACUCUUAUCUCCAACAAACCAGUAAAAUGCCACAAUGCCACAAUGGAGGAUUGGCUUAAGUGGUAGAACAAUCAGUCUUGAGUAAAAAGGCCAAGCAAGAGCACAUGGCCCUGAGUUCAAGCCCCAUUACACACACACACACACACACACACAGACCGACAUAUGACUUGUGGGAUACAGAGAGGGAUGCACAGUCCAGAUUAAAGGAGUUUUUCCUGUGGAUGUCUGGGUAUGGACUUCACACCGCACAGCCUGAGCAGAAUCAUCCACAUCUACCACAAGCUUCAUCAGCAUCUUCAACCUGUUCCUCUCUGGCCCUGCUCACCCAAGGAUCCUCUUGGUGGCAGCUUUGUCCCCCUCUGCCGCACAGACACCCCAGUAGGAAAUGGGGAAACUCCAGACAGAUAUUAUGCCUGACAGAAAAGAAGCCUUUGUGAACCCAACAAUGAGAAAUCCUUAUCAAGCUGCUAGGGAUUUAACCUAUGCAUGGGUUUAUGAAACCCCAUGAUAUUGGACAAACUGAGUCAGCUAGCCCUCACAGCCCCAACCCUCUCUCCUCUGACUUAGCUCAGCCAGGCCUUCUGUCUGGUGCAAGUGAAUCUCAGGCUCUACUCUUGAUUGUUCUACAGUAGAACUGCCCUCAGCCAGAGGAGUUGGGAUGAGCAAACGUAACAGUGAUGUGGUCAGGU